CCUUAGGGUUAAGCCCCUAGGAUUAGGUUUAGGCCAUUAAGGUUAGGGUUAGGGUCUUAGGUUAGGCCUAGACCUGCUGGAAUUCCUCGACCUGUGAGAGCUGAUCUCCAUUUCUGGCCACUUCUGUUGCUUUUUGGCUCAGCUGGAAGUUUCCCAGGGAAUUAUGAGCACAGGCUUCACUCUGCUCUGGGAAGCUCAUGAGGGACAGAUCUUCCCCAAAUUCCUGCAGGAUCCAGGAGCUGGGACUCAGCAGCAGCACCAACAAUGGAAACAGUCCCCGCAGAUUUUGGCAAACGCGUGUACCAAGGGGUGCGAGUGAAGCACACGGUCAAGGAUCUCCUGGCUGAGAAGCGAUCGCGGCAGAGCAGCGGCUCCCGCUUCAGCGGCAGCACCAGCGCAGCACAGUCACCCUUUGGCCAAAUGCCAGGCUCACCCACCACUCCUGGUUACUUCGGCGUCCGCCGAUCCUUCCCAGCCGAGCUGGAUUUCCACAGCACCAGGCAGUUUGUCAGCGAUGUCUACUCCUCCUCCUCCUCCCCUCUGAGCUCCAAGCCCUUCUCCUGUGACUCCUCUGCCCCCCAGGGGUACCCAGCCCUCCUGGAGCCCUAUCUCAGCGAGCAGUUUGGGGAUCACCGUGCUCCUCCUCUCCCAGCUGCCACCAGCUCCUUCUUCAGCCCUCCAGCUGUGCCCCCUCUCCUGCCAUCCUUCCCCAGUGACACUGGGCACCUCCUGCUCAGAGAGCCCUGGGAGCAGAGCUCACCUGAGAGCCUCAGCCAGGCUGACAGUGCGUGCCCAGACCCUCUGCAGGCGCUCCCUGCCAGCUCCAGCUGCCUCUCCCUGCCCGAACCCGGAGGUGUUUCCCCGUUCCGAGGCUCAGCUUGGAGCCCAGCCCUCCCUGGAGCCCAGCCCUACCCUCUGCACCCCCUGGAAGAUGCCCACUACUCGCCCAGCUACGCUGCCAGCUCGCCCUACGGCCUGUCCCCGUUCCUGGCCGUGGCCAGUGACCCCUCCAGGAUGAGCCAGCAGUGCCUGGAGCAGCCCUCGGAGCCAGCACACCUCCCUGAGCACUCUGCCUGGGCUAAGGAGGAUGCAAGUGCCCUCUGGGGGACUUAUGAAGGCAGGAGAACUUACUGA